AUGGCCGUACUCUCCAGGUCCAAAAUGGCCGAGUGGCGUUCGGUCAUAGCAACCGACGGGAGCGGGUGUAGCCGACAUCUUUUUCGGCAAGUCAAAAAGUUCUUGGAAACGGAUUGUUUGUUUUCAGCUCAGGAGGAAUUUGCCUCAAUCCUGACCAUGGAUUGUGACUGGGACAACUUGUGGGGUAUCAUUAUUCCCGGCUUAAGAAGGUUCCCACAAAUAAACGAACCCUUGACGGCGCUAUCCCUUCAGAUUUUGAAAGAAGCAGGCCCCCCAGCCAAAGAACGAAAAUGGUGUAUCGAUGCGUUUCUGAAUUCCCUCACUGAGGAUUACUUUGGUGCGGAUAUCUUUCCAUCACAAAAUUCCACGCUAAUGCAAAACUUUUAGGCGUUUGCGUUCCUCAUGGUAUUGCGGAGGCUGAUGACCAAGACUGGCUGAAUCUGACCAGCUUUAUUGUCGAAAUAUUUCAGAAACAUUUACCUGGUCUCGAAGAUCUGGAAGGCGCCGCCAGUUACACACUCGUCGAGGCUUUGGAGAAGCACCCAUGGACGGAUUUCCCAUACGUCGAUACUGAAUCUUCUACGGAAUCUUCGAUGGACUCCUUCACGGACUGUUCAGCAGAAUAUUCGUCCUCAUCUUCGGAAGAGUUUGCUCUAGAAGAAACGGAAACAUUUUCAUGCGAUUUGAUAGCCUCCGACCAAGAUGCAUCAAUUGUUUCGACUCCUGAAGCUAUUGACAACCUUGAACUCGGGGAAGCCGAUCUUUUGAAUGGAAUCGUGCCGGCUGCAGCAAUUUGGAUCAAGAGGGCGGGGCGAGAAAUCUAUGAAAAAUCUGGAGAUAUGGACUCAGGUGUAUUUCUCGAGUAUCCAAAGGACUGGGAAAGAUACGAUAUUGGCGAUCGCCCCGGAUGGUCGAGAGAGAGAUUUCGGUUUUGGAGAAGCAGAUUUGAGCUCAUCAGCAACCUAGAGUUGGCAGCUGUGACUAAGGCUACAAAAGAUUUAGCAAAGGAAGCGGCGGAGAUCAUGGCUAACAUUGAAAGCGAGGGUUGUAAGCCCAAGCACAUAUGUGGAUGA